AUGGAAGAUUCAGAAGCACAAUUGACAAUAGAGAAUAGUGAUCAAGAAGAAGAAGAAGAAGAAUUAACAGCUCAGAGUGUUUUAUUAGCUAUAGAAGAAGCCUGGUUAAAUGAAAAAUUUGCUCCUGAAAUUUUACCACAUCGGUCUGAUUUAGUUGAUUGUAUGCUACAACAAAUUACACAUAUGGAAGAAAACAUGAAGAGGUUAGAUAAAGGAGAUUUAAGAUUAAUGAUUCAUAGAAUGGAAUUAGAUAGGAUUAGAUUUUUGAUAUCUAGUUAUCUUAGAGCUCGAUUAGAGAAAAUUGAAAAAUAUACCAUUCAUAUACUUUCUGAAGAAGCAAAUAGAUCUUCUGAAGAAUGCUAUUUAACGGUUGCAGAACUUCAAUUUGCAAAAGAAUUUCUUGCAAAUAUGGAAACACUUUUUAAAACAAUUGCUCUGCAACAUAUGCCUGGAAAUUUUCAGACAUUUGAAGUUAAUAAAUUAACUGUAAAACCUAACAUGAAAGCGUAUGUAUUUUUAAGGGCUAAUAAUAGGAUUAAUGGAAUUAUACUUCCUGGUUCAAUGGAUGAAGAGAUAGAUUUUGAAUCAGGUUCUCAACAUAUUAUACAAUAUAAUGCUAUAUCAGAUUUAGUUAAAAAUGGUUCUGUUCAAUUAAUUUAAUAAUGAAAUUUUUAUUAUUGAAAUGUAAAAAAAAUUAUGUAUUUUU